UUUGUAGGCGAACUUAGCUCCGCCCUGUUGACCGCAGGAAGUAGUAGCUUGAGUUGUUUUGCGUUGGUAAAUCGUUGUCGUUUUAUGCGCUGGUGAAAAGGAACGGGAAUUGUUCACAAGAACGAAUUGUUGUGAGGUUGACACAGCGGUUCCGCGACGUGGUUCGAAUUGUACGUUACUAGAACUAAACAAACCCACUCAGAAAACCAUGGCUUUAACGGAGGAGCUGCGGGCCGGCUCACGGAUACCGGUGACUAUUGAGCAAAUACUAAAUGAUACAUUGGUGGUCACGCUAACAUAUCAAGAAAGGAGCUACACGGGCAUAUUACUUGACUCUACUAAAAAAUCCGGGCUCUUCUGCUUACCUGACAUUACAGUGAAUUCAAACGAUCGUCAUCCUUCAAGACAGGAAUUUGAGAAUGCAAACCAAGAACCUGACUGUAAACUGCCCUUUCCACUACUACAGCAAGCAGAGGAUGAAAACGGCCUUCCUGAACAAGAUGUCUCAGACCCUUCACCAGUCCCAUUGCUUGCUGGCCAGGUCUCAUACCCGUCUUAUUUUGAAGGAGCCCCAUUCCCUCAGCCACUUUGGGUUCGUCACAGUUACAGACAGUGGAUACCGCAGCCUCCUCCACGACCAAUAAAGCACAAGAAAAGACGAACUAGGGAGCCAGGAAGGUUGACUGCGAGUACGAUCCGUUUGAGGCCGCGUCAAGUUCUUUGUGAAAAGUGCAAGAAUACGGUCAAUGGUGAUGAGGACAUAAAUGUAACAGAAGACCUGUCAGCCAGGAAAGAGAAUUCCCUUCAGGGUAGAAAUGUUAAGGAAUCCCCCAUGAAGGGAUUGAAACAUAAUGAUGAAGACACCUUUGGAGAGACUAAAAGGAAAGUGGACAUGCCCAGUUAUGUUAGCAAAAGGUUCAGAAAAGACAAAACAGAAGUUGAAAAAUCCCCUGCUUCAGAUAUGGUUCCCCGUAGUCCUGUGAUAAAGAUCUCAUAUAGUACUCCUCAAGGUAAAGGUGAGGUCAUGAAAAUCCCUUCUAGAGUACAUGGCUCAGUCAAGCCAUUCUGCCCAAAGCAGUUACUGCAAAAUGGACUUGGGAUUCAUGGUCACAAUCAGGUGACUGUAAAGACCAUGCAUGCCAUGGAUCCAACCCUAACAGGCUUAACAGUAUCCAUUCCUAAACUAAAAUUUCCAAGACCUCCGGAGCCCCAAGGAAUAUCAUCACCAAAGAUUAACUUGAAUUCACAUUGUGCUAGUGAAGAACAAAAAUAUGAUUCUAUGUAUGAAGCUAAGCUAAUGACUGAUGACCUCAAGUGUAGAAAAGGAACUGGUUUUGAACAUUCACAGUUGGAUAAUUCAGGAGACAAGGCCUCAUUGGAGUUAUGGUCAGAAAGCUCAUAUGAAGAAGCAGGGCGUGGUGACCUCACCCUGCUAAUCAACUUUCAUAAGAGAAAGACUCACUCCUCAAGUAUUUCUGUCUGUAGUAGUGACAGUUUGGAUGAAUCAAAAUCAUUAAAUUCAGAUCGUACAUCACCAGAGUUGUGUGACCUGGCCCCUGGGGAUGAUGUUGCGGUCUCCUCCACCUCACAUGGAGGAAGUAAGACUGUGCCACCCCUCACUGUCCGUCUGCACACACGUAGCAUGUCCAAGUUUGUGACUGAAGAAGGUCAUGCAGUUACGGUUGGUGAUGUGGUUUGGGGAAAAAUCCAUGGGUUCCCCUGGUGGCCAGCCAGAGUCCUAAGCAUUAGUGGUAUUUGUAAAGAGACAGCGAAAUUCGAGACUACUUGGCCCGAAGCAAAGGUGUCAUGGUUCGGCUCACCCACCACCUCUCUGUUGUCUGUCGCCAAACUUUCCCCAUUUUGUGAAUUUUUCCAAAUGCGUUUUAAUCGCAAGAAGAAAGGGAUAUAUCGCAGAGCCAUUGUGGAAGCUGCAAAGGCCACUGGCCACAUGAGUCCUGAGAUCACCUCUCUUAUCUCUCACUGUGAGACAUAGGUUCACAUGAUUGCUAAAGGCUAGAAAUACUCUCAAUGAGUAGUCAUCUAUUAAAGACGCCUACAGUGACUUCUGCAAGUACAAUAGGACACUUGAAAGGAUGUAUGCUGCCAAAUUGUGAAAAUAGUUCUGGAUUUGGGAGCAAAAGGCUGAUGGAUUUUUGAAGGGCAAAGACUGUUGAAUUCACCAUGGUGUGACAAAACUAUAAAACUGAAUGUAUUUAUGAUCAGCAAAAACUAUGAUCCAGUAAGAUAUCUACACUGCUGCUUACUGAUUUCAUCCUUUUCUGACUCUGAAGUCAUCUCUGGGUUUCAGUCAAAGAAGUGUUCUUAGUCUUUUUGUUAUCUUUGAAGAAAUAAAGAUGUGAAAUUAAAGGGACGUACAAGUUUGUAGAUUAAGCUUUAUUUCCAUAUUCUUGCAACAAUACCUUUAUUCAUGUGCUGCUGAACAAAUUGGUAGAAAGACUUUAUAUUGCUAUAUUGAGAGGUGAUAUUUUCCCCAUCCCGUUGAUUCAUGUUUUGCAGCAAUGUUGGAGCACCAACUGUUCAAUCAAUGGAAAUACAUUGCAUAAGUUUUGUCAGUUGCAUCCCUGUGAGUGCCACAGACCAAUAAACUAAUUUAAGUCACAAAA